AUGCGCCUCUACCUACUUCCCAUCUCCACGCGGCGAACCCUUAUUUACUGCCAGCGACUUAAUGUUGCCACUACAAAUGAAGUUUCCUUACUAGAUAAGACAACUACAAAGGCAAACAAUCUUUGGAAUAGUUGGGAGAAGAAGGAAUCAGGAUGGCAGAAGAAAGUGGUCGAUUUCGGGAACAAGGCCCUGCAAAGAAUACCAUAUGAGGAAUGGGGAUUAAAAUCGAUUCCUCCCUUGUCUAAACGAAGGCGGGCAGAAGAAUUGGGCGAUAGAGAGAAAAUUGAGAUCUCAUUUCCCUCAAACUUUCUUCCACAGGAAAAUAUUUCGAAAAUCUUGCAAAUUCUUGGCACAGAGAGAAGACAACUUCACAAGACGAGGUUAUGGGGCUCAAUCAUUGGAAUGCCUUUAGUUGCUCCCUUUGCGCUUGUGCCGAUUAUCCCAAAUCUACCUUUCUUCUAUCUAUGCUUUCGUGCAUUUAGUCAUUGGAAAGCGCUAGCAGGGUCUAAACACAUCGACUUCCUUUUGAAGGAAAAUCUCAUUGCACCAAAGCCAUCCAAGAUAUUAGACGAGCUAUAUUUGAGGAACAGGAUUCCGUCUCCCGACUCGAAAGGUGCGGCUGAUACACUAUCAUCAAAUUCGAAAGUAUCGGAUGUUGAGACCAUGCUACUUCAUGCUUCUGAUGGAAAGGAGAUUGCCAAAGCAUUAGACAUACCAGAAUUGCAAAUGGAACUCGAUCGAGCAGUAUGGCAAGUAGAAACUGACCUGGAAAACAAAAGGAAAAUGAGGGAGGAAAAAGACCAACUGGCCUUGGCUGAGGAGGAGGCCAAGAAAAAAUAG